UAUAAUGAGUUCGUUCGUCGAUAAUAAUUGUUACGAGCACAACGCGCCUAUUGUCGUCGGAUUCCAUAAUAUUUGCUCAGGUGUGCUCCGUGAGUUGACCCGUGUAAUGAAUGAGAAACACUAUGGGCCAGUGCGCAUGUAUACACGCGCGCGCUCGAUACCCGCACUACGUGCCGACUCCGCACGUGUCCAUGUGACCAGGGUGCGAACCGAACGUCAGGGAGGCUGUGUCUCGAGCCGGGCAACGUGCGUGGGGUAGAGCUGCGCGCGGCUCACCGCGUCAGUCGUACGCUACCGCCUAUCGGAGCGGGCGCCUUCACGACUGCGUCGCGCAUUUUUACACACACCGUUCGAAAUUUUCGAUCAUUAUACACAACAGUGCUUCCGUUUUCUAACUUUAUAUUGAAUGGAUUUACAAGGAUUACGAGUGGGUUUGAUGCUUGAGAAUUUUUGAGUGGUGAAAAUUUUUCGGAAAAGUGUUUUUCUUGUUUGUGGCGGGCGGGCGGAGAGGGCGCGGGCCCGGAGCGCCUGGUCGGUGGAUGGUGCGGCGCGCGCGGGCGCCGGGGCGCGGCCGGCGGCGCCGCUAGCAAAAUGUCGAUACCCCUAGGCCGGGAGACUGUGCUCCCCACGCAGUGCAUGGCGCGAGCGUUGUACGACAACAUAGCGGAGUCGCCCGACGAGUUGGCGUUCCGGCGUGGCGACCUGCUGACCGUGCUGGAGCAGAAUACGGGCGGCAGCGAGGGUUGGUGGCUAUGCUCGCUCAGAGGACGCCAGGGAAUAUGCCCGGGCAACCGCCUACGCAUUGUAGCGGGCGUAUUUGACGCAAGCGCGGCGUUGCAGCGACGGCGCGCACGCACCCCCGCGCCUGUUGCGCACCAACCGCUGCCGGCGCAGCAGUCGCCGGCGUUUACUAAGAUAGAAGAAUGCUCACAUUACGAUGUGCCUCGCGCGCCCAUGCCAGUGCAGAGGAUUGGCAACUAUGACUCCCCAAGGCCCAUCGGUGACUGGUAUGACGCCCCGCGCGCGCCCCGCCCCGCCAGCGCAGACUCGGCGUGCAGCGGAACCGGGUCCCUCACAUCGGCCACAUCCAGCGCGUCCGCCAACUCGGGCAGCUCCGCACACUCGAGCACGUAUGACGUGCCGCGGUCGCGCGCCCUGCCGCUGCCCUGUGACGCGGCGCUCGAGGCGCUGGAGAGAUUACAGGAGGAAGCGUCAGCGGCAGUGUCUCGGCUGCUGUCGUACGUGACGCCGGGCUGGCGGCGGCGCGGCGCGCUGCGGCCGCGCGUGCUGGACGUGCGCGUGGCGGGCGCGCGCCUGCGCGCCGCGCUGCACGACCUCGCCGUGUUCGCGGACGCCACGCUCGCCAACGCGCAUGAUGCGCAGGACAAAGGCAUCGCAGUAAAGCUACGGCCACUAGUAAAAGCCCUGAAGGACGCGGAGCGCAUAACACACGAGGCGACAUCAGCGCUGGACGCUGGCGACUGGGCGCCCGAGCGGUUAGAACGCGAGCGUGAGCCCACAGACGGGACGCAAGAUGCCCUUGACCAGCUGGUUGCGUGUGCGAGGUCCUUGACAGAGGAUGUGAGGCGAGCGGCUUCAUUCAUACAUGGGAAUGCGUCGCUAUUAUUCAGGCGGUCAGCAGGCACAGUUCCAGAACACGAAUGGACAGAAGAGUACGACUACGUCCGCCUAGAAUCACGUACGGCGGUGGGGCGGCGGAACGCCGAAAUCCGCGCUGCAUUACCCGACAAGCUACGGGCGUCGUUCGACGCGCUUGUGAGGGAUGCCGACCAUGCCGGCGAGGUCAGCGCAGUAGCAGCAGCGACACGGCUGCCCGCCGACGACCGUCAGCUCGCCGCGUUCUACGCAGCACAAGCGGCCACGUACGGAGCGCACCUCGCCACCGCCGUCGAGGCGUUCUUACGGACUGUGGAGAUGGGACAACCGCCUGAUGUCUUCCUCGCGCAUGGCAAGUUCGUCGUGCUUAGCGCGCACCGGAUCGUGCACGUUGGGGAUACGGUCCAUCGGAGCGCCCAGCACGCCGGCUUAAAGUCGCGAGCCCUCCGAUGUUCCGACGCGCUGUCAGACGCGCUCGCCGCCACCGUCGCCAAGACCAAGUCCGCUGCUCAACAGUUCCCGUGUGCAAACGCCGUGGCGGAGAUGGCCGAGGCUGCCCGAACGUUAGCCGCAAGAGCUCAAGAGUUAAGGCGGGUCUUGGUUCGUGCCGCCGACCCGCCGGCUGACACGCCGCUCACCCCCGCGACGGCCGUCGCCCCCUCCGCACCCACCACCCCUCUGACGCCCUGCACGCCGCAUAACCCUACGCCACCUUCAUUGGCCACUCUUCAGAUAUAAUAGUGGAAAUUUUUGAAAGAAAUUAAAGCCAGUGACGUCCUUGUGAAUGUAAAGUACCAGCGGAGCCAUUUGGAGUGUACGACGGACGGUUCUUUUGAACGUUAGGCUGUGAAAAAUAUCACGUUGGCUAUGUGGAAAGCGUUUUGGUGUUGGAUUAAAGACAAUUGCAUGUAAAGCUUAUACAAGUUUAACAUAAUCUGCUGCGCAGGUCUUGCUGUUUGGUGUUAAAUAUUUCGCCUCUAUUUGAGGUUACCGGACAGAUAUACAUAGUGAACUAUCCUAAAAGGUACGAUGCAUACGGUGUUAAAGUUAAAACGCGUCGGUACCUACAUAAGUUAUGCAAGAAAACUAGAAAAAAGGCAUAAUCAUUAUUCAUCAAGGAGUUAGGAUGCAAAUCAUUACCAAAGAAUUGUCGAGAUAAUACCCACGUAUGUAGCUACAAAAUGUAAACAUGACUGCCAUAAUGACGACGAAAUAUUUGUAUUUAAUGUUAGCAUAAAUAUGAUCUACUUACAAUAAAUUAAAGGCUGCCAUUAGUAAUUUAUAGGGUUCCGAUAGUUACCAUGCUUAU